CUCUCAAACUGUGGGCAGACAAACAUAGCACCAGGGAGAGCUAUUAGCAGCAGCAGAAGAUCACCCAGGAGCUCUAAGAUGUUUAUUUAUUAGAGUCUUCCUGUUGCUUAAAGUCCUGACCUCCUCACUAAGCAAUUUGGAGUCAAUGUGGAUAGAAUGGCGAAUAGUGUGAUCAGUUUGUCAACUUCUGAGACCCGUCGGUCUAAUGAUUAUUUUCCUGACUGGACUCCGUACUCACAGUCGUCCCUGCUUAACUGGACAACCAACACACUGUAGGAAACAUGAACCCUGAGUCUCUGGACAGGUCCAUCCAGAACACCCUCUCAGACCUCUACCCUCCCUUCGAGGCCACAGCCCCCACCGUCCUGAGCCAGCUCUUCCAGGUCAUAGAGGAACGUUACCAAGGAGACGCACUCAAGUGUCUGCUGGACUUCCUCAUUACAGCCAAACACAUCCUUGAGAGUGUUCAGCAGGCUGCCUGUGCCCAGUACUCUGAUGUGGUGUUCCGCUGUGAGGGCUGGCCUCUGUGUCUGCAUGAGAAGGUGGUGAUCCAGCUUGCCUCCAUCAACCCCCUAUUGCUGCGCCCAGGGGACUUCUACCUGCAGGUGGCACCCUUUUCUGAACAGUCCGCCCGCAUUGUGGUCCGGAGCCUGCUGGGGGAGGAGGAGGGACAGGGUCGGGAGGUAGAGGAGACACCCAUCCCUGAGACCUCCUACCCCUGCAUCUUCACUGAGGACUGGCUGGGGGAGCUCAACCAUGGCCGCCAUGGCACCCUUCUCAGCCACUGUAUCCUCUCCACAGACCAGGGCAUGGUGAAGGUGCCAUGGGCACAGGUGGCUCUACCUGAGUUUGUGGAUAAACCCAGAACUAUGGCCUUGUCAUCUCCUAACCCUGCUGCUACUCAACAGGAGAAAGUGACAAGGCCAGUGCCCUCGUUGGCGCUGCCUCCCCCUGCCUCUGGGUACUCUGUGGAGACUAGGAUCUCUCCUGCUAAACAUGGCAUUGCGGUGUCGCUGUGUCUGGUGGACAGUAACUGCUCCAGGCUGGUUAAGGUGGAUCAGGAUAGGCCUGUGGCUAAGCCCAUCGGCUGGGUGUCUCCCAACACAUGGGACAGCCGCAGCAACAACACCUCUGAAGUUGAGGGGGAAUACAUAGACUUGGUGGAGUUCACUAAGCAGAAAGAAGCGUCGCUCAGUGGGGCUCACAGUCACACACACCCCAGAGCACCCAUAUUUAGGCCUGUUACCCUCAACAGGCCUGGUGUUCCUUCGGCUCCAGCCCUGCCCCCGCCCCCGGCCUUGGCUCCUGCCCCCCACCGGCCCCUCAGGGAACCGUUACACUGUGGCCGGACCGUCCGAUUCCCCGAAGACCCCCCCUGCACCCCCUGCAUGAGGAGGAGAAUGGGCCAGGUGUCCAAAGCACAGGAGAUCAGGUGCCGGUACAGAGAGUCUUACCAUUCAGCACUGCAGAACCCUGUUACCUUUGAGAGAGACAAUAGACUGAAUACACUGGCGGUUCUAGAGGAGGCUAGUCUAUGUGAGGGGAGACUGGGACCAGAGGGUAAAGAAUUAUGUCCUGGUCCCUCCCAGCAGUGCUACUAUCCAGACCCAGGUCACCAUAACCAGACUCCCCCUGUUAGCACGGUUCCCUGUUGGAAGUCUGGAGAAAGUAACACUAUAUCCAGUGGAGUUUUGCAAGGCCUAUGUGGCACUAGGGAAUCUACAGACAUUACUACCAAAUCCAGUGGAAUUUUACAAGGCCUGAAUGAUACCAUAGAGGAUGAUGGGAGAUGUCCCUCCUCUCUGUCGACCACUAUUGUGGACAUAUCAGAGAAGUGUGAAGUUGUGAUACAAGGAAGAAAAAGUAGGGACAUUGACUUCACUACAAAGAUGAUUCCCAGCUUACAUGUAGUGAAAUGUAAAAACACGACAGCUUUUGGACUGGUUUCCCCAAAGAUGAACAGGCGGAGACUGCCCAACCAAGAUGUCUCCCAGGCUUGCCAACCCUUCAUACCCAUUACAAAUGGACACCAGACCCCUCCACUUGAAAUUACCCAGCAGCCACUGGGUCACUAUGCUGUGCCCAGUUCUAAGGUCCUGUUACCAGCCUCAGCAGAACACAGCACUCACCAUCUCCAGAUGGGAGUCGCAUGUCUAACUGGUGGCAGAGACAGGACAGGUCGGUUGGUGGUUGAGGUGCACGGAGACAAGGAAGGAUGGAGAUCUCCUUUAGUGUCAAGUCUGGAACUCAGCAAACUUCUGCUCUACCUCCACUCUGUAAUCAAGCGAGAACUAAGAGAACUUGGAAUGACACUAGUUAUUGAUGCUCGGAAGACUCCACCUCCACCACAGUUCAAUAAGGCCUUGUUGGUGGUUCAGGAGCAGAUUCCCCAUGCAAUACACAGUGUCUUGAUCCUAGUGGAGAAGGAGAGCUGCCAUCGCACAGAGAAAUGUCCUAGACUACAGAUUGCUGUGGUGACCUCACUGAAGGGGUUGCACAAGCUGGUGGAGGGGAGUCAGCUGACCUCAGGCCUAGAGGGCACCCUUCCCUACAACCACAUUGACUGGCUGCAGCUCCAUCAGAAACUUCAUCCCUUUAUGUCAGAUCUCCAGGAGGCCUCAGGUUUGCUACUAACAGCCAUCAGGAAACUAGAGGAAGACCGUAAGAUUGACACAGUGCAGGAUGUACAGAGGUGUAUUCUAGAACAGAGAACUCUGAUGAAGGAUGUUCUGGAGGACAGACGGUUGGUCGUUUUGCAAAGGGAGGGAGGAGCCAUGCUGGCUAGACUGAGAAGGGAGAGUGACCUCAGAUACUCUCACUGUGAGGAUUACAGUGAUGCAGUGGAUUCUGUGACCUGCAUGUACAACCAUGUAGAGGAGCAGGCCCAUGUGCUGGUGCACAGAUCCAACAUGUCCCUGGAGCACCUAGAAUACCUGCUCCAACUCAGAGAAAUGGAGGGCCAUUUCUCUAAGAUCAGGGAAUGGUUUGAUGCAGAAGGGGAACGGCGGUUGUUGGAGGCAGAAUCCGUGGAGGACUCUAGAAAAAGAGUGGAGCAGACUCUCCGUAGUUUCAGUGUAUUCCUCACUAAAGCCAAUGAGCAGAAGCACAAGGCUAUGGCCCUGAUGACGGAGGCAGAGAAGAUCCAGGGCCCAUCCCCAUACCCUGAGACUGAGGUGUUCAGGACCAUGGUCUGCACCUUCAAAUAUGGCCUGGCUGACUUCCUCUCCCGGGCAGAGAGGUGCUGUAGUGAGCUGGAGACUAUGGUCACUGUGUGCAACUUCUGUGAGCAGGCUACUGAGCUGGCCAAAGACUGCAGACAAUACCUGGACCAGGUUGUCAGACGCCCAGAGACGGAUGAUGUCUCUACACUCCAGAUGUACCAGGAGAGCUUUGUCCAGUUCUCCCCAGAGCUCUUCCAGGAGGUGAAGGGCCAGGCGUGUGCUUUGAGGGGCUCCAGGGGCAUGCGGGUGUGGAACGUAGCGUGGCUAAAGUGUCAGGAGGUCAGGCAGCAGCUAGAGGAGAGACUACAGGAUGUGGAGAGGGCCUUGAGGAACACAGGCCCCUGGCAUGAACAACUUAGAGCUCGUGAGGAUGAGGCCUUGGUUCAUACAGUGACUCAUCGUGAUGGAGUUCUGGUACUGCCCAGACCUGGUCUACCACACUGGUACAAUCCCCCAUCAGGCUCUAUGAUGGGAAGGUAUAACGGGGCCUUGGAGAGCAGGAACAACUCUGUGACCUGCUGUAAUAUAAACUUCAAGCCUGAGAAUAACAGACCUUGUAAACGGUCAAAGACCACCACAAUGCCGGCCUCUCCCCAUAUCAGAUCCAUUAGGAGAGCGGAGAGAGAGCCCAGUGGGAGAGAGGCCUGCCGAGGGAGGAGCAGAGAGGCCGCCACCCUUGCCGACUUGCACACUGUGGGCUGUGAGUGGUUCCCGUGGCAACGCGGGGGCCUGGGCCGGUCCAUGAGCGAGGACUCGUGUGCGACCGCCACGUCCAGUCAGUCUGAGUCUUGCGUCCAGACGCCUUCCUGUUCCCACGGGAAACCCUCCUGUCGGAUCCUGCAGGCCGCUCAGAAGUUCCAGAUCUCACGGCAUGGCAGCUUCUGCUCAGAGGAAUCCUGUAGUGUCCGAGAGGGGGCAGAGAGGACCUCUUCAAGGAAUACUAGCCCAUCAGUGAGGAGGUGUGAGGGAACAACAUCAUUGGCAAGUUCAGAGGAGAAGGCUGGCAAUAUUAUAAAGCUGCAGCGGAUCAUGGCGGAGCUACUGUUAACAGAGAGGGAGUAUGUGCGCUCCCUGGGUUACAUCCUGACUCAUUACCUCCCCCUGCUGGAGAGGCCUGACGUGCCACAAGACCUGCGGGGCAAACGUGGAGUCAUCUUUGGGAACCUGGAGAAGCUGUAUGACUUCCACGGCCAUUUCUUCCUCAGAGAGCUGGAUGCCUGUCAGACAGAGCCUUUACAAGUGGCUCGCUGCUUCCUGAGACACAGAGACAGUUUAGGCCUCUAUGCUCUCUACAGCAAGAACAAGCCUCAAUCAGAUGCCUUAAUCCUUCACCAUCGCCCUGACAUCUUCAAGAGGAAGCAGCAGGAGCUGGGGGAUCACAUGGACCUGUCCUCCUACCUGCUGAGGCCCAUCCAGAGGAUCAGUAAGUACAGCCUGCUUCUGCAGGACAUGCUGGGGAUGUGUGGGCCUCAGAGAGACAGGGAAGAGCUCCAGGCUGCAGCCGAUGUGGUCCGCUUCCAGAUGCGUCAUGGCAACGACCUCCUCACCAUGGACGCCAUCCAGGACUGUGACGUGAAUCUGAAGGAGCAGGGCCAGCUGAUUCGCCAGGAUGAGUUCAUUGUGUUCUUCAGAAAGAAGAAAUGCUCCCGCCGUAUUUUCCUCUUCCAAGAUCUCAUCCUCUUCAGCAAGACCAAGAAGACCAAUGUGGGCAAUGAUGUGUACAUCUACAAACAGUCUUUCAAGACAUCUGAUAUCGGGAUGACACAUAACUCUGGAGAGAGUGGUUUCUGUUUUGAGAUCUGGUUCCGGCGGAGGAAGUUCCAGGACACGUACACUCUGAAGGCUGACAGGGCGGAGGUGAAAAGGGCCUGGACCAGAGACCUGGAGCAGAUCCUCUGGGAACAAGCUACCUACAGCAGAGAACUGAGGAUACAGGAGAGAGUGUUCAUGGGCACGGGGAGGAACCCUUUCAUGGACAUACAGCCUAACGAGGCAGCCAUCUGUGACAGGGCCACCAACUGUGUCCUGAUAGGAAGAGCUCCUGUGCCGUCUUUUCCACAAACAGAUCUUGAAUGUCUCCGGCCCAACUCCAUUGGUUCAGGCAGUAGUGCCUCUACCUCCUGCAGCCACUCAUCUUCCUCCUCUGGACGAGGUUCUUUACCUCCUGUAGGUUACCCUGGUAACCAGAUACAAGGUGGGGAAACCAAUCACAUUGUCUAUUCCUCCCCGGAGACUGUGACUGAAGAUGACCCCAAUAACCAUCAUAAUCACCAGAAACAAAACCUUCAUCUUCUCAUGGACAGCAUGGAGUCGUCAGGUGAGAGUGGCAGUGUGUUCAGCAGCUCGGAGUGCAGCUGCCUCUCUGCCAUUGGUGGAGAGGUGGAAGACUCGUCAUCUGUCCUGUCCCAGAGCUCCCAGUCCCGUGUCACCCAGAGAACAGCAACACCCAAUCUCAGGAAGAACAGCUCCCCUGCUACGAUCAGGAAGAAGCCCUCCAUUGCUCCCAAACCACCAGUGCUGGCUGCUCCUCAGAGCCUGCAAAAGGGCAAAAAAAUGGUUGCUAUAGGAAAAUCAACAGAAGUUUAACCAGUGGAUUUAAGUGAUGGUUCAUCCUGUGGAUCUCUGAGCAGUGAUGAUGGAGAGCAAUCAGGCUGACAGUCAAUUAAAAACUAUGAUAACAGACUGAAUGGACCACUAGUUGACAAGCACUGAAGAGAAACUUUUUGUCUUUGAAGAACUAAUGUAUCUGGAAUAUUAUAGAUGAAAUAUCAUGAAAAGGAACACAUGAUGGAUUGUGGUCAGUUUUUAAAGUGUUUAUGGUGUCCAUGUAUCUAAUAAUACUUCUUAAGCAACCACUUCUUUAUCAGAUAGUGCUUUAACUGAAUGGCUAUUGUUUUGCUGUCAUUGGUUCAUAGAACAUACUUUUUUGUCUUUGUAAUACUAGUAGUAUUUCAGCUGUUAACUUUUACAAGGGAUUUCUUUGGAAUUUACACAUCAUUCACACCAUGUCAUGUUGACUCUCUUGAUGACCCCAUAUUGAUGACCCCAUCUCUUGAUGACCCCAUAUUCCCAUGAAAUGUCAAAUAUGGGUUAAUAUUUUUUUCUUCAAAUUACACACAUUUAACACUGUUUAUAAUGUACCGGUACACAUGUCAAACUCAAACAACUGACUAUAGAAACACUUGUUCCCAUCAGUAUUCUCUGCAGGCUCAGGACAACUUGUCAGUGGCACUCUGACAUAAGUUCCUGCCCAGAUUUAUAGAUAAAUUAGGGAUCAACUAUUGAUGUCCAGGUGGGAUAGCAGAGGAGCAGCAAGUUACUUCAUAUUGUUUCCCGUUUUUCCCCAGCUUUGUACUAUAUUGCUGUGAAAAAUCUCUGGAAAGGGAGAAAACCACUAAAUUGGAAUCAUUUAAGGGGUCCAUCUGGCAUUUUCAACUCAUCAGAAACCAGUUGUCCAGUUGUUCUAAUAGUCAACAUAUUAAUUUACAAUAUUCAUUACAAACCAUGUAUAUUAUUGAGAUCUUUCUUUUCUGUGAAAACUGAAUGAGCAAUUUUGCUUAGGGCUAGGUUCUAUAAGAACUGCGGUAAACAACAUCUGCAUAGCGGUUGUUUUGGCGAUGUUGUUUUGGGGGGGGGGCCUUCAUGAUGAGUUCAGAUUUUUGUGGCCCCCACCCCCAUCAAAGUUGCCCAUCCCUGUUCUAGGCUAUUGUCUGAACUUCAAACAGGCUAUAAAUACCCUAAUUCAAAUUAACAUGAAAACAUGUCAUUAUUUCUAUCAUCGAUAGCGCCUACACUUUCUAUCGCCGUUUUGAACACAGGAGCAGCCGCUCUCCAAUUUGUCAACUCAUACUGCAGUUAUGGCCAACGCAGGUUAACUCUUGAUCUGAUUGAAUCACAGUCUAUCUUUUUAACAUGUCAAUAUGGUGAGACUUUCUUUGAAACCACUGUCAUCAAUGUUAGUUUUGUUCAUUGUCCACACUUUUUGGGUUAUAUUUUGGUUUUAUUCUAAAACCCAAUGUAUAUAAUUCUCACUGAAAAGCUAUUUAUUAUAGGAUCAGUGCCAUUUUUGUAGAGAAGUUAGUACUUUUUCCUGUAUUUCUCCAGCAGCUGGUUUGAACAUCAACUCACACUGAUGUUGUGCAAUCAGAAGAAAUGGGAACAACCUCCUUCAAUGGAAUGUGAAUCCUGACACCGCAGAGGUCACAGGCCAUGACUAAACAUUGUGACCUGACUGACCAAGCGUAGCCCUUUUGGUCAGCACAUAGCCAUCGGUUAAGCAUCAGAUAACAUUGUUGUGUAGGCCCUGUUGAACUGAACGCUCCUCUACCAUAGCCCCCCUCCGCUGUCCUGAACAGUUUGUGUCACAAAUGGGUUACAUACAAUAUCAGUAAACAAAUUACUCAUUGAGAUAUUCUUUAUUUACAUUUGGGUAGUCAUUUAAUUAUAACCUCUGUGUUUAUUCAUGUAUGUGACAUAAAGCAAUAAAAGGUUCAUGAAUUUAAAAAAAGUUAGUUAUUCUUUUUCGGAAGUUUAAAAAUAAGUUGUUGUAAAGUAUAUGCAGACCUGCAUGCAUGUGUGAAGUUUAGAUGUGAGUCUUUAAGAUUUGAGAUUCUUCAAAGUAGCCACCCUUUGCCUUGACGACAGCUUUGCACACUCUUGGCAUUCUCUCAACCAGCUCCACCGGGAAUGCUU